AUUCUCUUUGCAGUGUUCAGAAAAGUCAUUAGCGUCCAACCUCCUCAAUUAGGCAGAGUAAACAUGAAUUACUCCGGAUGGCCCCACACUGCACUAGAGUCAACAGAGUUCAAGCAAAAUGUUGGCCCAGGACCUAAGGAUUUGACCAUUGAAGUUUACUUCCCUUCAAUCAAAUUCAGAUCACAUCUUCCUGCUGUUUUGUAUGGAAGAUUCUUCAAGCAUCUAAAAUGUGUAGGAGAAUAUAUAUCCAUGAAAGGACAAGACAGACAAGCAUAAAAAUGGGAAAUUUUGCCUACAACCAGCUUAAUUGACUGUUUUGUCAAAUCUAUCAAAAUUCCCAAUUUGGGAAUUACUGUGUGA